UCGGUACCGACUGUUAUUGCAUUUGAAGUUAUAGGAGAUGAUGCCUGAAAAUGUGGCUGCAGCGUCAACUUCACACGAUGAGGAAUCUGUAUUUUGUGAUGUUGGUUACAUAUUCCAACGUAUUAUGCUUUCGUGUUCCUUUUACACCUGGGAUAAAUUUCAACAAGCUUUUAAUGAAUUCAUGAAGGAGUCAAAUACCUCAUAUCGGAUAGCGUCAAGUCUCUCAUUCGACAAAUCUGGCCCAAUAAAAUAUAAAUAUGUAAAAUAUGAGUGCACUUUUGGCGGCGAACGUGUCUCUAGAGGUUGUGGAUUGAGGAACAGAGGGAGUAAAAGUAUUGGCUGUAGAUCCCAAAUAGCAGUCAGUUACACAAAGAAUAAAUAUAGGAUUACACUGUACAAAACUGUGCACAACCAUCCAUGCACUGAAGAAUUUAUUGCAGCUGGCUUAUCAAGACGUAGAUUAUCAGAAGAUGAUAAGGUGCGUGUUGUUGUACAGCCAUUGAUUGAAAGGAAUGCUAAUGUGCAAGAAAAAAUUAUGAAUUUGACAAAUCAGAGGUUCGAUAAAGUCUUAUUCGGUGAUGAUGAUGUGAGAAAUCUACGGAGCAGAAUCAAGGAGAAUAUCCCCCCUAGUGCAACUAGUAAUUUCCGUAAUGUGUAUGAACGCCUUCGAAGUCGUAUUGCGCGUCUUAACCGACAGUAUCCGAAUAUGACUAUUCGAGAAAUGAAGAAAAUGAUCAGGAGAUUUGACAUUCUCUUAGGUAAUUCACCAGAUAGAACAUACUACAAAUCCCACCGUCUUGUGUGUUAAUCGAGUCUUUUUUUUAUAAAAC